GUUCCUGUUUGACGGGUGCCGGUCCCCAACACCCUGGAAAAGAACAGUUUCUCACCGUCCACUGAACAAGCUCGGCACCCUCGCAUUUGUGGACAGCUACAGGGAAUCUCUUACCUCACUUUGCAAACCCGUCACUGGGGCAACGGGACGGCAAAGUGGGCACACUCUACCUGCUACUGGAGACCCUUGGAGGAAAAGUCAUAGAGUAUGUGCCUGGCUGCCUGAAGUCCGCAGAGGAACACGCACAGUCAGUUCGGCUAUGGAAGGCUAUCUGAUUGCUCCCUACCCCGAAGAUAUUACUCCUUACGACAGCGAGGUGUACAGACAGCCCCAUGAGUAUUACACCUACCUGGGCAGCGAUGGGGACAGUCAUAGCGACUGGGAUUACACUGGUGGCCACAUCCAUGGAGAUUUUGAGCCAUUUGUUGACCAUCACUUCACCGAAUUACAGAGUGUUCAACCCCCCCAACUGCAGCAGCUGUACCGACAUAUGGAGCUUGAACAGCUACACGGGUUAGAAUCCUUACCAGCAACCAGCAUUCCCAUUGGAACAGCGAUACAUUACAAUAAAACACAGCCUUCAGCAACCAGUGGCUUCACAUCUCCCCAGGUGCCCUUUAUGUCACACUGGUGCCCACAGUACACGUCCUCAGCUGAGCGGAGUUCUGAUGAGGAAGAGCUUGAGAGGAGAAGUCCACCGUUAGAAGUGUCGGAUGGAGAAACAGAGGUUACAGAUUCUUUUCCCCACAUGGGUGGUGCAGAUUCAGGGAACAAGAAGAAGAUCCGACUUUACCAGUUCCUUCUGGAUCUGUUGCGGAGUGGAGAUAUGAAGGAGAGUAUCUGGUGGGUGGAUAAAGACAAGGGGACAUUCCAGUUCUCCUCAAAACACAAGGAGGAGUUAGCAAAUCGCUGGGGGGUACAGAAGGGCAACCGCAAGAGGAUGACAUACCAGAAAAUGGCCCGCGCUCUGAGAAACUACGGCAAGACGGGGGAGGUGCGUAAGGUGAAGAAGAAGCUGACAUACCAGUUCAGUGGCGAGGUGAUGGAAAGAGUGGACUGGAAGCGGUACCCGUAAUGUUCCCCUUACUCCUCUACCUCUGCACGCUCACAGCAACAAUGAUCACUCUGCCCCUUCCUGUCUGUACUGUUUCUCCAUGAGAAAUGGGGGAGCCCCUCAGUCAGAGACAUUAAGGAAUGUUGAAAACAAGACAAAUACCCACAACUAUCUGGAAAUAUCUGGGAUCAAGAAUUUAUCUCACUGCUCCUCAAUAGUGCCUCCCCUCCUCCUCCAUUUGCUCUGCCACCCACUCUAUCCACAAACCCUUUCUGCCCUUAGCCUCCCCUCCCCCUCCAAUCCCAUUGCCAACUAGAUCCCAUCUCCUUAGACUGCCCUCUACCAUACCACCUCCUCCUCGCCCACCUCCCUGUUUCCUCCAAUCCCACUCCCUACUCCUGCCCCCUCCUCAGAGCCCUCCUCUCCAUCCCAACCACUUCCUCAUCCACGCUUCAGCCAUUUUCUACUCCUCCUCAAACCUUUCUUCCCUUCACCUCCAACUCCCUCUCCCUCAGCUCAUUCACCGACUUGCUAUUUCCUCUAUCUCUCCAUAGUUUACCCUGCUGCCCAUGCACUCCUUCCCCUUCCUCAUUCCCCUUUUUCUCUCUCUCUUCUUGUCACCCCGCUCCUACUUACUGAUGCCUGUGGUUGAUGGAGAAGGGUCUUGGGCACAUCUCCAAGUUGUUCAGUUCAGGGGCAAAGGGGAGUGGGGAUUGUGAGAGAAAAUAGGUGUACCUAUCUGCUUGACUCUGUUUUGUGCCACUGGGUCUGGUCUCUGUCUGCAUGUAACUAUAGAAUAAACCCUCAUUAUAUACCUUUACAUUCCACUGAUUCCAUCACUGACCUCUCUCACUCACUUGACUGUUGGGAACGGUGUAUGUGAGCCAGUUCAGUAAUUGGCCUCUCCAUCAAGGCCUAGAGAUGCCUGCCUCAGGGAGCAGCCAAAGAGCCAAGAGACCAUCAUGCAACACCCAAAAACCCCUCCAGAAACAACAGGCAAUGACCAUCUCCAAAAGACACAAUCUAAUCACCGAUCCUUAACAACCAAUGCUGUUACCGUCACUGAAUCACCCAACAACAACAUUCUGGGGGUUACCAUUGACUAGAAAUUGAACUAGACUCACCACAUAAACAUGAUGACUACAAGAGCAGAUCAGAGGCUGAAUACUGUGGUAAGUAUCUCACUUCCUGAAUUGUCAAACCCAAUCCACAAUCUACAAGGCACAAGUCAGGAGUAUGAUGGAAUACUGUCCACUUACCUGGUUGCACACAGCUGCAGCAACACUCCUGAAGCUUGACACUAUCCAGGAAAAACAGCCCACUUGAUUGGCACCACUUAUUCAAGCAUCCACUUCCUCUGCCACUGAUGCUCAGUAGCAGCAGUGUGUACUGCCUACAAGAUUCAGAAAUUCACCAAAGAUCCUCAGACUGCACCUUCCAACCCAUGACCACUUACAUCUAGAAGGACAAGGGCAGCAGACUCCUGGGAACAUGACCACCUGCAAGUUUCCCUUCAAACCAUUCAUCAUACUGACCUGGAAAUAUAUCACCGUUCCAUCAAUGUCGCUGGGUCAAAAUCAUGGAAUUACCUUCCUAAGAGCAUUAUAAGUCUAAUUAUACCCCGAGGGCUGCAGCAGUUCAGGAUGACAGCUCACCACCACCUUCUCUGGGACAAAUAAGUGCCAGCAAUAAAUGAUGCUUUGGCCAGCAAAACCCACAUUCUGUGAGUGAAUCAGCAAGAAAAAGUCCACUUCUGAUCCAAGAGACUGAGCCUUCUAACUCCCAGCCAAAGCUUGGACCCAACCGACCCUGGUUCAACAUAGUGCAAAUAUUUCUAGUCCCUCUUCCCUCUUGCAGGUCACUUUACAUGAGCAGAUCCCUUUCAGAGACUGGUAAUUAAAGCAGCAAGGGAAAUGAUUGUAUUUCUCCACUGUACAAUUGUCCUCCCAGAACCAGUAGUUACGCCCCUUUGUCCUGCUAGGUGGAGCCUUAAACAACUGGGAAUAAAACCCAAUGAAGGCACCUCAGAGAGGUGUGAAGUUUGGGCUUAAAUGCUUUAGCUUUUCUACUGUAACA